GAUCAGUUAACCGCUAGUCACCCGCGCGCGCGGAGUUCGUUCUUUGGUUGUGCGUUGUUGCGGACGUUGUUUUGCUCGCUUUUCGAACUGAAAUCGGUUAAAAAAGUGCAUCGAGCAAAGUUUUCUUUAUAUUUUUUAUUCACAAAUUUGCGGAGUGUGUCGUAGUGAAGGUGCCCAGGUGAUAAAUGAAAUCAAAAAAUCUAAAAUCCCAACAACACGCCGGUUGUUAAGGUGAACAAAGAUACUGCUGCUUUAGCUUAACUUAAGCAGUCGAUGCACGCGUCGCGUUUCGGUAUUUGAGAAAAGGCAACCGGCAAAGUGAUGACAAAUUUGAGCACAGUUUCAUCUACAUAAUUACAAAACAAACAUACAUAUAUGUACAUACAGUGUAUGUAAAUACAUAAGUGAAUGUGAAUGCCAAAUAAAUACAAACAUAUGUUAAAUGCAGACAUACGCAUGUUGUAUGUAAUCAUUUCGAUAAAUAUAUAAUUGGCAACAAAAUGAAUUCCAGCAAAGAGGCGAAAAGUGCUGCAAAGGGACAGAAAAAGCUACAAAAGAUAAACAAUAAAAAGCAGAAGCAACAACAACAACAACAGCAGCAACAACAACUAGUUAAUGGAAUAGCGAAAAGUGCGAAAGCAGCAACAAAAACAGACGAAGCGAAGCCCAACACUCGCAACAACAAUAACAACAACAACAAUAACAAUAAUAAUAAUAACAAUAAUAUUAGCCAUAACAAUAACAAUAACAACAGCAGCAGCAAUAAUAAUAAUCAUAAUCAUAAUAAUAGCAGCAUGGUGCAAAAUAACAACAACAGCAACAACAACCACAACGCAGUGUCUGCAACAACAACAGGAACAACAACAACAGGACAGACAACAACAACAACAACAUCGCAAUCGACAAACAUUACCCAAAAAUUCCGAGAGCAAUACGACGCCGAGCGGCGCGCUUCGUUGCAGCAACAACAACAACAACAACAACAAUUAGCUGGCGAGCAGCUGCCCCUCAAGAUGGAGCGUUCGAAUAGCAUUCGUGGCAAGUUGUCGCGCUUCAUCAAUCACAUCACAGGAAGCAAGGAGAAUCUGGCACGUCACGACGACUUCAAGGACGAGCACAAGGACAAAACGCCAUUUGCUUUCACGCGCAGUCGCUCAAUGAUUCUUCUGCGUCGUCCCAAUCGACGCAGCUUCAUUGAACCCCAACUGGAACAGCUCUCCGAGGAGGCAGAGAAAUCCGGUGAUCCACUCUCUCCCACCUCGCCACGCAAGAAUUCGCUGGCCAACGAGGAUUGUUCGCCCAUCCUCCGACGCAGAGCUGACACGGCAAGUUCCAUAAAGACUCCGGUGAGGCGACAGUCGGCGCAGCCAUCGACCUCGACGCCGCUGGAGGAAUCGGAGGCGGAGUCGCCGAUGGUGCGUAAGCCAUCGUUGGUGUCGUUGACGCCCAGCGAGUUGGCCUACAAUCCGCAGCUGAACUUCCAGAAGCGACGCUCGAGCACGUUGAUUGCCUCCUUUAAGAGCACGUUCAGUGGACUCACGGGAGGAAAAGGCGACGGUGGUGGAGGAGGAGGGGGAGCAGGUGGCAUUGGUGGCAGCAGCAACAGCUCGAGCAGCGAUAAGAAGAAGGACAAGAUGAAUCCCAAGUGGAGCGCAUCGCUGCAGUCGUUGCAGGCCAUCGACAACAUGGUGAGCUAUGCCAACAUGUCCUUCAUCGACUACGACAAGUUCAACGGCUACGAGAAGCAGCUGGAGCGCCAAGCGUCCAUCAUGAGUCUCGCCGAGCAGACGCCGCCCUCGCAUCUGCCCAAGCUCCCUCUGCCCGCCACCCAUUCCCCCCUCGCCUCCCCCCACACGCCCACUUCCAUCUGUUCCACCCAGGAGAGCACGCCCAAAACUGUCGUCAUGCGUCGCAAGCGGAGCACCAGCUCCUUGGUCCAGCGACAGAUCUCCACGUCGUCCCGCAACAGCAGCCACAGUUUCUACAAUCUGGACACUGACUACGAGCACAAUCUCGACAGGCGACAGAAUGUCUACCGAGAGAGUCUCGAUUCCCGCACUCUUGAGUUGUUGAAUCAACGCUCUCGGAAUUCUUACAUUCAGGAUCAACCUCUGCUCUUCGAUGCUCUCAAUCUUGAGGAUGGUUCGGCGAGUCGUCGCUGUGCUCUGUGUGCUCAGCCCGUGACUCGUGCAAAUAGCCUCAAGCGUGGUCCUCAGGAUUGCGUCGACAGCGCCGGGAAACCCCAAAAACAGCUGAAAUCAAAAAGUCUCACCCACUUGGAUGGCCUCGACACGGUGGUGCCAUGCCAUCACGAAGCAGCCGCACCCACAACGACAACGACGACGACGACUGCCCCCGGGACUCUGAUACCGCCUCUCGAUUCCUUUGGCCACCAACAGCAACACCAGCAGCAACAGCAGCGGCUGCUGGCGUCCUCCUCCUCCUCGACCCACGAGAAACCGGCAUCGAGUGCGGAAUACUUUUCGGUAUCCUUUUGCCUGGAAACACCGCAGUUGCCCGACGAGGAAUUCAUCCCCGCGAUCAAGGGCAGAACUCUGCAGCAUGCACUUAGACAGGCAUUGGACAGACGGAACCUGAGCUUCUCCCAGAUCACGGUCACCGACAGCAAUCCCAGCCUCAGUCACCUGGACACGGGUGCAGCGAGUAGUUUACUGGACGAGCACACCGACGUAGAGAGCUUGGCUGGACAUCAUCUGGUGGUCACCGAGCGUGACAACAGUCGCAAGACUCUGCAGAAAGCAGCUUCAUUUGGUUCUCGUCAACGUCCACCGCGUCUGCUCUCCUCCGCCUCGACAGAGGAGACUAGUGAAUCGACGGGCAAACAGAUUAAGCAGCGUUGGUCUUCCAUAUUUGGCAUCAAAAAUCCACAGCAGAGUCAACUGUAUGAGCUGCUGAACAACUUUGCCAAGAAUGGUGUGCCACAGCGUCCCGAUGCUUUGGGCUUUGAGCAUGCAACGCUCUCGGAUUCGUUGGACUAUUUGCAGAAUAUGGACAAAACAUGGCGGGAUUUUGUUGACAGCGAUGCGAUGAGUGAUAGCGAGAUUAAGAUACAAACUGCCAUCUGGGAACUGGUCACCACUGAGGUUUACUACAUACACGCAUUGCAAACUGUGACAGAUCUCUUUCUGGCCUGCUUGGAGGCGGUGCAAGAGGAACGCCUGCUGAUUGAGGUCGAUCAGCAUCGGUUGUUUUCCAACAUACGUUCUGUUUGCGAGGCAAACAUCAAGUUCUGGACACUCUGGCUGUAUCCAAUGGUGGCGCACAGCGUGCGGACACGAGAGCCACUGAAGUGUGCCUUCUUCCAGGAGGGCUUCAUAACGUUUGCCUCCACAUUUGCGCCCUACAAAGUCUACUGUGCAGAGCAGAGCACGUGCCAGUUUUACUGCAAGGAGCUGAACCAAAACAAUGCUCUAUUCACCGCUUAUUUGGCUUGGUGUGAGUCCCAGAAGAUGUGCAAUCGUCUGCGCCUGGCCGACAUUGUGGUGCGUCCCAUGCAGCGUCUGACCAAAUACAGUUUACUGCUGACUGCCAUUCGUAAGCAAAUGGACGAUGUGGAGGAGAUCGAGGUGAUGGAUAUUAUGAUACACAGUGUGGAGAAUUUUGUGGGCAGUGUGAACAAUCAUCUGACCAUGCGACAGGAGAGCGAACGCCUCAAAGGCGUCAUGGCGCGCAUUGAAUCCUACGAAGUGGUGGACACCAACAACGAGGUGCUGGACAAGCUGAUCAAGCAGCACAGCCAGAUGUUUGAUUUGUGCGCUCCGAUGCGAGGCUGUCCCGCCUAUCAGGUGCGUCAUCUGUUCAUGGAGGGCGAUCACAAGUUCAAGGACAACGUCAGCAAGAGUGAUGUGCACUGUUUUCUGCUGACCGACAUAUUGCUCGUGUGCAAAACGAUUGCCCGCAAGGGAUUGGGCGCUCUUAAGGUUAUUCGACAGCCAUAUUUAACGGAUCAUUUGAUUGUGCAUCUCGCGCCCAAUAAUACGCUCAAUUGUGUGUAUCUCAAUGAGUUCCAUGUGGCGACCACAGCGUUUACGCUGCAGUGCACGGAGGCCAAGAACUGGUACGAUGCCCUUUGGCGGGCCAAGACCAUCUAUCAAAGACUGAAGCGCGGCAUUAGCGGCAAUGGCGGUGAUAGCUUCCGCUUUGGAGGCAGUGCAGCGAGUGCGGCCACUGGCGAUUCGCUGGGUGUGCGCAAGUCGCCCAUCAAUUCGUCCAUGUGCAGUCAUGUGUCCAGUGCCAACAACAGUCACAGCGGCAGCGUCGAGUGGAACGAUUCACGCAACAUUUCCGUCGACUUUGAGAAGACCAACUCCCUCUCCAGCGAUGAUGGAUUCAGUUUGAUGGCUAAUCAUGGGCAGCCAUCGAAGGGUAAACAGCAUUUGUUUGCUGGUUUGCCCAAGCCAAAGAUUGGCACAAUUUCCUCUACGUCAAACAACACGCUGUCCGUGCAGCCCGUCAACCAUUUGGGCCAGAGUCUGCCCAACUUGAGCAUACCGCACAGUCAGACUAACAACACCUUGCUUGUGCCGGGCACAACAACUAGUCACUCGGGCAACUUAUUGUUAUCGCCCAGUCACCGCGGCAUUUCGUAUCCGCCACCGAGCCCAACUAGAGUGCCUCUGCGACGUGGCAUGGCCUUCUCGACGUCAACGAAGAACCCACCCCUGCUGAAGACACGCAAUAUUACUUCUCAGAACAGUAUUAACUGGCAUCAGAUACCCGCCACGCCCACACCGCCCAGUCCGCGAUCGCACCACAACUCGCCCGGCAGCACCGCCCAAGGCUAUGAGGCAAUCGGUGGUCCAAGUGUCGGUGGCCCGCCGCUGCUCCAGAAGCAGAUCUCCCAUCAGACGCCGUUGCAAAGUCUCCAGCGACACCCAAGCAAUGAAACAGACGUUUAACAAUUUUACAAUUUCAAUAUAUCAUCAAUGCAAUGCAAAAGCUUUAGCUAAACACAGUGAACAGUGAAGAGAAUAGAAUACACUUUUUGGGUCCAAAAUAAGAUACAAAUACGAAGUAUAUAUACACCUACAUACAUACAUACAUAUUAUAACUUACAUUCCAAGAAAAAACAAAACUAUAUUCUAUAUACAUAUGUGCUCCCCAUUCCCAUUGUCUAUCCAAGUCUACAUACAUAUCUAGAAAUCGAUAUAAUGAAAACAAAAACAAAACAAUUCUUAGAAGCUAUACGAAUGGUACUCUUCCAAAUAAAGAAAAAGACAUUGACAGCAAACACACAUUUUCAAAAUCAAUGAACAAAUAUGCCAUACACAUAACCAACAUUUAUAAUAUGUUACAUUAAUAUGUAUAUAUACAUACAAUAUAUAUAUGAUAAGAUAGCAGUUAUAUAUUGAUUAUACCAUAUACUACGUUGACCACAUCAAUCGAUCGAUCAUCGAGUUCGUCUGAAUACUAUUUGAAUUCAACUUGAAAAGUUCUUAAAUAAGCGGCCAUAUCAGACUACCAUAUAACAUAUAUAAAGAUUUCUCCAUAUACUAUUUGCCAUUUGAAAUGUGAAAUUUAGUUUACUGUUGGACAGUUUUUAAUUAUUUGUAGUAUAACUAUUUUAAAAGCGCAACAAGAGACAACAACAAAGUUACAAAAAAAGAAAAAGUAAAUAUGAUUAUAUGUAGUGCUGUAGUUGGGUUUUAGUGUAGACCUAGACAGAGGGGAUCUUCCAUUUAAGCACUCUCGUUUUUAGUUAAACAAAGACAUAGACAUAGAAAUAGAGCCACCACUAAAUAUGUACUUAACUAUGCUUAAACACAAUAAUCUAUUCAACUUAAAUUUGUCCUGCAAAACUAUCCAUACAUAGUAUCAAUAGUAUUUAACGUAUAUAGUUUUAUUAACUAUUAAAUAUUACACUAUUAAAUUACAGAAAUAUUUUAUUCUAAAUUUAACUUUUAACUGCAUGCAUUUGAAAUCAUUUUAAAUUAAUCAAUAGUAUGGCGAUAGUCAGAGUUAAUCGUUAUCCACAAUCGAUAGUUUUGCAGCACUAGAAUGAUUGUAUCCAAAGGGGGGCAGGUAUUCUUUCCAAUACUUCGGCGAACUCUAAUUAAUUUGUUCCACAUGCAGUUCAUGCUUCUGCCCAAAAUAAUCCUGUUGCAUACAUUCACUUUAAUUGCGGACAUUACAAUUAUUUCAAAUAUGUGAUAGCUUACAUAAUAUGGCUUUAAGCAAGUCUAAUAAUGUUAAUGAUGAUGUUACUAAUCAAUUCAAAAUGAUUUGUCUCUGUUAGUUGAAUAGUUGUUUACCGAUAGACAUCUAGUGCCUAAGGAAUGAUUACCGCUCUUCCUGCCAUUAAUAUUACCCAAUAAUCGUGGUUAUUUUCUGGCUAAUUUAAUUAUACCUAUCUAUCAUAUUAACUACACUACUUAUUACUUAAUCAAAACAAAAGGAAAUAAUAAUAAUCAACGAUCCAAUAGUGCAACAGUAAGAUUGCUGUCUAGCGUAGACUAUAAUUAAAAAAGUAAAGCAAAGAUAUGGAAAUUCAACAUUGUAAUGUGAAAUUGUAUUAGUUGUUACUCGGUAUAAUUAGUUUUAUACAUUAAAAAAAAGAAAACGAAGACAACAUGUGACAUACGUUCUUAAUUACACUUAAGCUACAAAUAUAAUUGUUUUUAUCGUUAGUGUACAAAUGAAAUGAUUAAUAAUUACAUAAGUAUAUACUUAUAUAUAUAUAUAUAUAUUAUGUUGUAGUCAUGAACAGUUAAAUUGUAUUUACAGUGAAAGCAUAUUUUAAAUAUUUACACAUAUUCUGGAUUAAUAUACAUAGCUACUCCCACAGUAUUAUUAAGCGUGCAAUUGAGAAUGUAUUUUAAGUAUACAGACAUAUACAUAAACAUACAUAUAUUUCCAAUAUAAACUGUAGUGUUCUGUUAUAUCAGAAAGCGCAAAAAGAAAAAGAAAAAUAAAACUAAAAACCAACACACGAUGGAGAUUUCAAAAGGAAGAGAGAUGGUCGCGUUUCGCAUUUGGCAUUUUUCAACACUGCUCGCCACGAAUCACAAGCUUCAGACUCGCACGAUAAAUGCUUUGAACCCACGACACGCACGACUCAACACUAUACUAUUUUCGGAACAAUAUUAUUCACGGAAUAUUAUUCACGAAGAAUUUAAAUUUUCAUUUAGCAGAAAAACAGUUUGUGUAGUGUUUUAGAUCUAGUUUAAUUUGUCUGUCCGAUUGAUUACAAUCUACAUA